AUCCACUCACAUUUCUUUUCGACGCCAUACCACGUUUUUGAGUAUCAAAGUACAUCGGCCGAAGGUUCCACGUUUCCUCGAGCAGUUAGUCUGGUGUGCGCAAUCUGCGUCGUCGUACCUGGUUAUCGGAAACGCACUACCGGGCUUGAUAUCAGUUCUGCCUAGACGGCCAUAAGAGUCUUGGGUCAUGCUUGUAUUCUCCGAUUCGAUGCUUGUUCUUCUGGUGAUUAGCUUCCUUUCUAUGUGUUCUAGUGUUACCGAAGCAUGUCCACAGCUGCUUGAUACCAAUUCCGGAGCUGCGUUACAGUCCAUCGGUCGGUAGUUCGACAACAUACUAUAUUGCUCUAUAGCAACCACGUUCCUAUCCUCUCCUCCCUCUUUAUCAUGGCCGCCAUCAAUGAGAAAUCCGCCAGCCCGUCCAGCCCACACGAGCGCGACACUCCUAUCACCUCCUCAUCAUCCACCUCUUCCAACCCCAACAUCGACGAGAGCUACCAAGUCUACCGCUCCUCCGCUCCCGAAGACAUCUCCGCAACCGAAUCCAAACGCGUCCUCCGCAAAAUCGAUCGCCGUAUCCUGCCCAUCCUCGUCUUCACCUACCUCCUCCAAUACCUCGACAAAAACGGCAUCAACUAUGCAUCCGCCUACAACCUCCAAACAGACCUCCAUCUCAAAGGCCAAGACUUCUCCUGGCUCUCCUCCAUCUUCUACUUCGGCUACCUCUUCGCCCAAUACCCCUCCGGCUACGCCCUCCAACGCCUGCCCAUCGCCAAAUUCCUCGGCGCCACAACCCUGGGCUGGGGCAUCAUCCUCAUCACCACCCCCGCAUGCACCUCCUUCGCCGGCAUCGCCACAAACCGCUUCCUCCUCGGCGCCCUCGAAGCCGCCGUCAACCCAGGCUUCGUCCUCAUCAUGAGCAUGUGGUACACCGCCGCCGAGCAACCCCUCCGCCUCGAAACUUACUACUGCACAAACGGCAUCGCGACAAUGUUCGGCGGCCUCAUCGGCUACGCCGUCGGCCACAUCUCCACCGGCCUCCCGCGCUGGUCCUACAUCUUCCUCAUCUUCGGCGCCCUGUCCGUCACUCAGGGUGUUGCAACCUUGCUCUUCCUCCCCGAUCUGCCGUCGCGCGCCCCACAUCUCACGCCCGCAGAGCGCAGCAUCGCGGUCGCUCGCGUCGCGGGCAAUCGCCAGGGCGUCAAGAAUAGCGUGUUCAAGCGCGAGCAGGCACUCGCGACGUUCGCCGACCCGAAGACGUGGCUACUCUUCGUCAUGGCGGUGGGCGCACAGGUGCCGAAUGCGGCGCUGACGAGCUUCACGUCCAUUAUCAUUGGUAGCUUCGGCUUCGACACGCUGGGCACGCAGUAUCUGCAGAUUCCGGGCGGCGUGGUGCAGUUUUUGAGUCUGAUUGUGGGCGGGGUCGUGUGUUCACACUUCCCGAAUACGCGGUGUGUGGCUAUGGUGGUGGCGAACUCGAUUUGUAUCCUGGGUGCUGGGUUACUUGUAGGACUGCCAGAUGGCAACAAAUGGGGCAGGCUUGUGGCGGUCUGGUUGUGCUAUUUUCAGGGGUUGGGGUUUAGUAUGAGUUUGACGAUGGUGAGUAGUAAUGUGGCCGGGUCGACGAAGAAGCAGAUUACGGCGGGCACGUUGUUUGUCGGGUACUGUGUCGGGAAUAUCAUUGGGCCGCAGACGUUUCGCAGUAGUGAGAAACCGGGGUAUCACUCGGCGUAUAUUGCGAUGUUGGUUGGGUAUGUGGUCAAGUUGCUGUGCGUGAUUGUGCUGUAUGUGUAUAUGUGGCGGAGUAAUAAGGCGAGGGAUAGAGAGGCGGAGGAAAAGGGUAUGACGAGGGAGGAGGUGGAGAAGUUGGGCAUGGAGAUGGGGAUGCAGGAUAAGACGGAGUUGGAGAAUAUAGGUUUCCGGUAUACGUUGUAAAGGGUCAGGGAAGGACGUUUGAAACACAAUACAAGUGGUGAUGAGACUUCAGGAAUUCUAGAUCCUUCAAUGCUUUUUCUUGCCUAUUAAGUCUACCUGUUCUGUGUAGAGAUCUACUCAAAGCAUUACAUACGCCU